UUGCAGAACCAGGAAGGAAGACUGCUGAGCUCGGCUCAAAGCGCGCACCUUCGGGGUGGGGUGUGAACUACGUUUGCGCGCAGCUCUGGAGUCCACGGAAGAGAAGACCCAGAAAGGCGCUCGAGGCGGGGGCGUCGGCGGGGGUGGGGUGUUGCUCGGGCAGGCAGGCGAAGCGCCCGCCCGUGGCACUAGCUGUUCUUUGCUAUUCGUCGACAGGAUGGAUCCUGCAAGCAACAGUGUCUGACACUCUUGGCCAACAGUAGGUAAUCUAUCGCGCGCUCUCCGCCUCUUGCAUGGCUUGCUGCGCCUCCCGAAGGCAAUCUUGCUGAAGGAGACUCCUCCUGCCCCGUAGUCAAACAGCCUCAACUGCUUUUGUCAUUAUAUUUUGUUUGAAAGAGAGAGACUAAAUUGCACAAGCUAGUGGACUUGCAGUUGUUGCUUUGGAACGAUUAGAAAGGAUUGGAACUUUGUCUGGCUUAGUUUGAAUUUCACAAUCCGCCCCUUUGUUGUUGUUGUGUUUGAAAGGUCGGGAUGAAAUGUGGAAUAGAAACUCACUUUCUAGAGAUGGAAGUGGUGCUUUCUCCCUUCCCCCUCUGUUUUUCUUUCUUUUUAUUUCCUCUUUCUUUCUUUCUUUCUUUCUUUCCCCAAGGGAAAGAAUUAUCGCUGUAAUGACUCAGUGAAUUAAGGACAUUCUUCUCUAAUGAGAAGCAUGUGCCCUCCAAAUGAAGCUAGGAGUGGAAAGCACAUCCAGCUCAGGUAUCCCUUAAACAGUGUAGCUCUCAGGCACAUCACCUUCAGCUGCCCUGAGAAGGGCUGGGGAAAUAAUCAGCCUUCCUUCCUUCACCACCUACUCAUUCUCCCGCCUCCAGGAGGAAACCUGAGGCCACCUUGAGGGAUAAAUCAUUGGACUUGAUCCCACCACAGCCCCUGCCCAGACAAAAGGCACAUGCGGGAUGGAGUGUCAUGUCAUGAAAUCAUCUGCAGAGGGAUCGACACAAGACGGUCCUUUGCCCAUCCAGAAGUUAAGCUCUCUCUGACUUCACCCUGUCUGGUCGCCCAAUGUGUCUUCCUCUUCAUCAUCAGCACUGUGUUUAUAUAUAGCCCUUUAGAGUAUUCAGAGCCUUCCUAGCACCUCAUACAUUAUCUCAAUAAUCCUGCUUUCUUGACCCUUAAGGUCUCUGCCUAGGUAAUAACUCUAAACAAUCCCUAGGGGGCGGUGGGAAACAGUAUGAAUGCUGAGAUGGAAUGGGGCAAGCAGGAUUUCAAAGCAAUUUCAAAGCAGUAAUUUCCCGUCCUGUCUUACGUUUCCUCUUUUUCUCACCCUUUCCCCCAACUUCUCUGUUCUAGAGAGCAAGGAAGAUGUUUGGAGUUGCAGAAUGUCCCCUGCAGAUGCAGGGAUGCUUCUAAUAAUCCAAUUCAAGCACAUCACCCACCAGUUUGUACCAGUUUGCCAAAGUUUUCUAUCCUCAGGGGCACACAUCUAGGGCAGUGUUUACAUGUGGCCCUCAGAGGGGUGGCUGUCAGUGUGGCCCUCAAGCUGAAAAUGGAGGGUCGCCCCAAUUUAAGCCAAGAACUCUUUAUCCCUGUCACAUGUUAGUGCCUUUGCACAUCACCAUCACUUAUAGGCCACUUUUCAAUAGGAGAGCUUUGGUAAUUAGAUCCAAGUAUUAUAUUCAUUCUGUUACUUUGGUACCCUUGGAAUUGCUUGUUCAUUGCUUCACUGGUUUUAUAGAGUUACAGGCUUGGAAGAGAUCAAAAAUCAUCUAGUUCAAACCACUUUCCCUCUCCACAGAGCCUACCUCCACAGAGCUUAAAUUAAUAUUUCAGUUAUUUCCUUUAUUACAGUUGCAUCCCAUGCUUCUGCUGAUGAGCUCAGAGUAAUGUAUAUAGAUCACCAGCUUGCGAGGGCGAUUGGGGGGUCCAACAUGAUGAGGGUGACAUCACAUGUGAUGCAACAUCCUGAUGUAACACAUGUGACGUCGGGAGGAGCUGGGAGCAGAGCCAAAUGUGGCUGCUAUGAGGCUUCAGUGGCCAGUCACUCCACCUCCUCCUGGCUCCACCACCGACAGAAGGCUGCUUCCAACCUCCUUCUCUUCCAUGGCAGGAGGAGGAAGAGUUUGCCACUGGAGCUGUGCCACACUCAGCUCAUCACUGGGCAGCCCUGAUCCCCUCCCAAAAGAUAUUAGGGGGGACAAAACAGCUCAGCUCCCAGGAGCCGGCAUCCCUGAGCCUCUGAGUUACAGUGACUUGCCCACUAAUUAAUCUUUAUAGGUUGGAGGCAAAUGUACAGUCGUACCUUGGAUCCUGAAUGCCAUGGAACUCAGACUUUUCGGCUUCCGAACACCACAAACAUAGAAGUGUUUGUUCCGGUUUGCAAACGUUCUUUUGGAACCUGAAUGUCCAGCGGGGAUUCCACAGUUUCUGAUUGGCUGCAAGAGCUUCCUGCAGCCAAUCAGAAGCUGCAAUUUGGUUUUUGAAUGUUUUGGAAGUCAAACGGACUUCCAGAAUGGAUUCCAUUCGACUUCCAAGGUACGAAUUUAAAGCUUUCUAACUAGAACGGUGGUUAUUCACUGUUGAUUGUAUUUUACUACUUGUUUGUGCCCUUCUAACCACAACACCCCCUCUGAUGUAGACUGGAUCUCUGCUUGUGUCAUAAUGCGGUCUGCUGCUCUUCAACCCACGACCUCUCUUUACACAUCCUCUGUUUUUUGCUCUCCUGUGCACCAAGCCCAGAUUCCUAGACUUGACUCUAUCUAGCAUGCUACUUGGCUUCCUUCUACUGGUCACCACUUUUCAAAGUCAUCAUCAGGUUGGCUAGAAACAAAGGGGAAACGGGCUCCUGUAACUCUUAAAACGGAGCUUUCCAAAUUUUUCAUGUUGGUGACACAUUUUUUGGACAUGCCUCAUUUCGCUAUACAGUUAUCCAGCUUUACUAUCAAACCGGAGGCUAAGCUAACCCCUUUCCAGCCCUGGGAGGAGUGUGGGGAGUAUUCGCGUGACAUACCUACACACUAUAGCCGACACACUAACAUGUCACGGCACACAUUAUGGAAAUCUCUGCUCUAAAUGCUACAUAAGCUUGCAGAUUUUGGCAGGGGCUCCUUUUCUUACUCAUGUAACAUAAUAGCAUGACAUGCUGCCUUUGCUGAAAUUCCUUCUUCUGUAUGAGGGUUAAGCACCCUAGCAGUCACCAACCACCAAACGGCUAAUAAAACAAGGUCCUUGGCCCUUUCAAUGCUGUUUAUAUCCAUUACAAGCUAGAGAAAUUUAGAAGAAGUGUUUUUUCCUGUCAAGCACAGUGCAGGUACAGGACAGGACACAGUGCCGGUACAUUCUUUCUCCCCUGUGAUUAUUAAAAAGUGCAAAUUCACCUUCAAUCUUACUAGAAACUCAAUAGCAGCCUCACUGGUCACUCGCAUCGAUGAAGCAGGUUUUGCUGUGCUUCCUUUGAGUAGCAGAUUCCCGUAGCAAAUGAUACCAAGUGCUGCUGUUUAUUGUGGACCUGGUAGUGCUCAUGAAUGCAUGUUUUGUGCAAUGUUCACUUGGCAUUGUCCUCCUCAAAUUCCACCCUACAUUUAUUUUUCCAUUUAAAUCAGAUUUUCCACAGAAAACUCAAUGAAGUUAAAAAAAACCACAAACUAAACAAAAAAACCACUAAACUAGUAAAUUCACAUUAAAUGGGGUGGGGAAGCUGAGAUGGCUUUUUGAUGAGGACCCUGCAAAGUCUUCCAUGCAUGAGCAUCACCAAAUCCUCAAUAAACUGCUGUAUGGAAGUGUCCUGUCAUUUGGCUCAUUUGAAGCAUUUACAUGUCCAUUAUUGGCUUUGACCCAACUUCCAGUGGACUAUUCAUAUCCAUCAUCAAGGUAUGUUUAGGAGGCACAGUGUUGUCUCUGCUAACCCUACACCUAACAUGCACAUCCCCUCCUGCUCAGUCCCCAACCUUGUCCUGUUGAGCCAUCUGAAUGAGACUUGAACUAGAGUUUGCUUGAAAGCGAGUAGAAACCUCUGUGUGAUUGGGCACCCUGCUUCAUCAGGAUCCCUGAUAGCUCAAGCAAAUAUGAGUAAAAGAAACACCUUCAGCCCUCUCCUGCUCAACAAAGGGAAGGAUCAGGGAAUGAGCAGGUGCAUCAGAACUCACCUGGACAUUGGGGCCAGGCAUUGUGUGUGCAUCCCUCACCACCACUACUACCAGACCCCAACUUGAGCAUAUGUGUCCCUCCAUGCCAAUCUCUGCCAUCAGAGACUGGAGUACCACUCUUCCGGCAUGGAGCUCCCCAUUCCGAUUCCCAAAUAUGCAGUCAGAAGAAAGUACCACCUGUGGGAUCCUCACCUGCAGAAAGUCCCCAAAUGAGGGGAAGGAGUGAACUGGCUUCACUGCUGUCACUCAUCAGCAUUGAGCCUGAUCACUGUGCAAGCUCCAGGUUGGCACAGCAAUUCCACCUUCCACCCUGACUGGUGAAAGCAACAGGGGUGCAGAGGUGAUGAUGUCCCUGCUGCCCACCUGGGAUUUGGAUUGUUCUGUCCACCGGUAAUUGUGAUUUGGAAUGUUUGAAUAAGUUGCUUCUUUUUUUUAUCACACAUCUUUUCGAGGAAAAGACAUAGAUAAGCAGCAUAUUACAAAGAAUAUUAAGAGAAAGCACCAAUUGAGAAACAGAAAUACCUAUAUGUAGUCCCGGUGUGAUUCACACAGAGCUCUCUGGUUAAAUGAGUAGUUGAUAUCCUGCUACAAUUGCUGCUCUUCAUAUAUAGCUUCUCCAUCAUUCAUAAUUUAAAUGUUCAUUUCUGUGUAAUAAGAACUUGCGAACUUUAAAAAGCCAUUAUUUCUAGUCAGUACGUGUUUGCCAUUGUGCCAAAUGUAGGAAGCAAAGGAACCUGCCUAAUACCAAGUCAGACUAUUGGUCCAUCUAGCUUAGUCGUGUCUGUACUGUUUGGCAGCUGCUCUUCACGGGUUCAGACAGGAGUCUGAAGAUUCCAGGGACUGAACCUGGGAUAUUUUUGCAUACAAAGCAUGUGCUCUGCCACAGAGCUACAGUUUUUCCCUAGGGUCUUCCAUCUGUAGGGGUGGAAGGCAUUGUGACGGCAUAAUGCAUUUUCCAUUGUUAUGGAUCUUCUUAUUUAAAAGGAAGAAAGAAACCUUGCGGUACAUCAUUUUCCACUUAGAGGCCUGAGCCCAGGAUUUUGAGUAGGAAGUCAUCUUUUGAUGUUGUAACUUCUGUCUGACUCUAAGCAGGAAUUAGAUGAAUAGAAGUAGAUGUUUAUUAGUCCUCUAAAGAAAAGAAAAUAUGUAAAAUAUUGAUAUGCAUUAAAGAAACACUGUGUUAAGUACAAAGUUCUUUGACGUGCCAUGGAGUUAUUUUUUAAAGAAGGGGCAACUAUUGUGUUAACCUGACCACAGACAUUUGAGAAGCCCCUUCAGCCUCUUGAACCGCUGCUUUAGAGUCAUAAUGGCUUGCAUAUGAUGCUGAUAGGAAAGGAAUGACAGCCUUAUUGCUUGCAGAUCUAAGAACUUCGGAGUAUACACAAAGAAAUAGCUUUGUAGAGGCUAAUGGCUCAAUCCCAUGAGCCAUUUUUCUGAGGAAGCAGCUUGUAGGGAUCAGGAAUGAGAAUUCCAGCAUGGAUGUGAGACUGUAACUCGCCAGUUGCUCCAGAGCUUCAAACAAGCUUAUGGCAAAGCCGCUCUUGUGCUACUCCUUGACUCACACACAGCCAUGUAAGGAUGUCUGUUGACGGAAAACAAACCAGGUCAUGGAUGGCAUAGCAGAAUCAAGGGAAGGGCAAACAGGAAGGGAACAAGUAAACAGAAACAGGCAAGAGUCAUGGAGAAUUAGAUCAAAAUGGCCUGGGGUGAGCUUACAUCCGAAGAACGGGUGGGGCUAAGUUGUGAAUAGAAGGAAUUUGAGAGGCACAUAGGGGGUUGAGCUCUGAUUUAACUCAGAUUGGCUCAGAGUAAGCAAAGCCGUUGGCUUAUUGUUUGAGGAAAUAGGUCAGAUUAUUCUAAGGAAGUUCAAGGAGAAUGGGGAAGAUCCCCUUCCUUGGUUGACAUGUCAUCGGUCUUUUUCAUACUUUGCACCAGCCACGGGUAGUAUUAGGAGUUACCCAUCCAUACAGCCAUGCUUCAGCUACAGCAGAGCAAGUAAAUGCUUGCAGUACUUUAUCUAAACCUCAUUCAUUGGCUCUAAAUGUUUAAGAUCUGCCUUUUGGUUAUUUAAUGGGUGUGAACUUGUGUUAAGUCUUAAGUAUAUGGGUGUGUUCUGCUCCCACUUGUUACUUCCUUUGUGUAUGUUAAUGAAAAGAGUGCUUGUGGGUGGUUUCUUCCACGUUGGGGUCAAUUUGGUAGCAGUGUUUUAAGUGUGAUGGAUCUGGGUUCUUCCUUAGCCGCCUUCACAUGUUACUCCAUUAAGGGAUUCCAAACACUUAAGGAAGUAGUGAGGUCAUCAAACUGGCCACAUGCAAUGCAGAGUAUCUAAAUAGUCAUGUUUGACAUCUAUUUAAAAAUUAAACUAGUUCUCUCUCUUUUGAAUUAAACAGGUAUAGUGAGAUGAAUAAAUUGGUGAAGAUGCUAAAGCAAACAUAUUUGGGGGCACUAUCCGUGGUGCUGAUUCUCUCUCUCGGGCUUCCGGAAACUACACUUGCAUGUCCUCAUCCAUGCGCCUGUUAUGUUCCCACUGAAGUUCACUGCACAUUUCGGUCCUUAGUAGCUGUGCCAACGAGAAUCUCUAAACAUGUGGAACGAAUCAAUUUGGGGUUUGUAUUGCAAUUUUACUGCGGCAUUUUACAUUCUUUGAGAGUUCAUCCCACUAGUUUGAAGCAUUGUGCAUCACAUGAGCUGCAAUGUGAUACCAUUACUGUACAGAUUAAAAGCCUUUCAUAAAGAGGAGCAUUUAUGGGAAUUGAUCUAAAACUACUGUGAUCUACCUACAUUUAUAUUUAACAUUUUUGCGAGACCCAGAUAAAUCCUACUGAUUUGUCUACAGUAUAUGACCAACACAAUGAGCCAAUGGUGAAUGUGCAUUAGCAUUUGCUGUCUUGCUACAAACCUUUCUCCUGCCCACAUCAUGAUCACUUCAUUUUCAGAAGGCAGAUAACAAUUGUUGUAGCACUAAUAAUCACUUCUUAUCCUUUUUGGAAAAUAGAUCUCCAGUUUCAGUUGAACUUGCUUUCUUGCUCACUUCUUAUGUGCCAACCCUACGAGUCUUGUUUCUUCUAAGCUCUUAAACAAAGACCUUACCCAGCUAAUUUUAUAUUUACCACACCUGUCUUGGUCAUGGACUAUUUGAUAAGCUGUACUCUCUCUGUGUCCAUGUCCCAGCAAUUUCCUUCCCUUGCUUUGCUCCAGAAUUUCCUACUUCCUCUAGACUCUAGAGCAUCUGCUCUUACUACCACCAUUGCUAUUGCUUUCAUCCUUUCUUCUUCCUCUGUUUACCUGGGUUGUGACUCUCCUCCUGCCUACAUUGGGGUUCUCCCCAAAUCAAUUGCUAAAUGUGUGCACAGACCACUUAGACAAGCAGCAUCCCAUUUUGCCUACAAGACUCAAAAUGUACAGAAAUAAUUGCUGUACUACUGUCUCUGAUGCUGCUUCCCUAAAUGAUGCCAUAUUGUAAUGGUAGCCUACAAAAACCAAGAGAAUAACCACAACCCUCCACAGUGGCUGCUGUGUAGCAUUCAAGAAGAGGAGCCAUAGAAGUCAUGAGAGCAUUUUCAUGUUUCUCUUCAUUAGUUGUUCUGCUGUGCUACUGUGAUUGGGACAGAGGUUAAAAGAUGGCCUUCUAAUAAUGAACCAUGGCUUUCUUUAUUUUAUAUGCUCCCUUCAGUAGCUGAGACAACUGCAGUGAAACUUUAGUAAAAUGCAAAUGUACUGAGAGUUAAUUGAUUGGCCUGUCAAAGGGCAAGCGAUUAAUCAACUAAGCAUUUUUUAAUCAGUUUGCAGCCUGAGUUUCUAGAUUCACAGUUUUGCAAUUUCAAAACCACAUAUUUAUCUUAACAGUUAAAUACCUAAUUACAUGCUAUAUGUGCAAAUCUAGCAGUUUAGCUAGUAGCUGUACUUUUCUGGUUCCAGAAACUGCUUGGCAGGCAUCCAUGUUUAAAUGUCCUCUGCACAAAACGUUAUUCAUUUAUUGUUACAUGUUCUGUUGGCAUCCUUGCACGCCUACUGGUUGCCAGUCUCCAUAUCAUCAUAGGUUGGAUCCCUGCCACUGACUAAUAUAUCCAGCACAUGGAGAACACUGUCCAGAAAAGCCUUUUCUAAUUAAUUGAUAAUUCCAUUAAUUUAAGCUGCAACUGAAGUGUGUGUGUGUGUGUGUGUGUGUAUAGUCAAAGAAGCAUUGACUUUUAACACAUGAAACACCAGGUCUUGUUAAAAUGCUUCAUUAACUUUGUCAGGUUAAGUGUAUGAUUUAUGAAUAACCCAAAGGUGCCUAAAAAUGUCUGGUUUACUCAAUGCAAAAUGAUGAUUCAACACUUAAAUGUGGUUCUCCCCACCCCCCCUCCAGGUUUAACAGCAUACAGGCAAUAUCUGGAAACUCGUUUGCAGGCCUUGCAAAACUGGAACUGCUCAUGCUUCAUGGGAAUGACAUCCAAAACAUACCUAACGGAGCCUUAAAAGAUCUGACAUCACUACAGGUUGAGUCAAAAUGUUUCUUCUUAAAAUAACAAGUUUCAGUCUAUUAGCUGUGUUCCCACAAAGCCCAGAUGUGCAUACAUGGGGAAGGAGUAGAGCAUCUGUGUUGCAUGCAGAAGACCCAUGGGUUCAAUCUGUGACAUCUUCACACAGGGCUGGGGGUGUCCAUUGGCUGAAACCCUAGAGAGCUGCUGACUGGCAAUACUGAGCUGGGUUAACUGAUGGUCCAAAGGCAGCUUUGUAUGCUUCUAUGGAAUUAGUAUAAACAAUGACUGCCUGGUGGUUGGUGGCAUUGGAGAAAGCUAUAUAAGAUACAUGAUCAGAAGCUCCUGCAUACACCCACAAAUACCCACCACCCACAUCUUUAGUCUGUAUUAUUGAACCAUGUUUGUUAGUGGGUACACACACACAUACACACAUACAGUAGCACACAGUAGAGCAGUCACUUUCAUUCCUCACGUAUGUAGGAGUUCCUGAAUCAGACUUACAGUUCUGUGGCUCUAAUCCACAUAAGGUCAAUCAUACUGUAUGUACAUCCUAUUGAAAUCCAUUUUGCUGUAUCUUAAGUUAAUCCUGCUUAUUUUGAAGGGACUGAAGUGUGGCUACAUUUGUCUAGUCUGGGCCACUAUAUUCUCCUGUAUUGCUUUAUGUGUGCCUAUUCUGCAGUGCCAUGUUACUACUAAAAAGUAUUAACCUAUUCAUUUUACCUGGCCAUUUAGGUAUUCAAAAUAAGCUACAACAAGCUGCAGGUUAUAACUGGUCAAACCCUCCAAGGGCUUUCCAGCCUUAUGAGAUUGCACAUGGACCACAACCGAAUUGAAUUCAUCCACCCAAAUGCUUUUAAUGGAUUAACUUCCCUCAGACUUCUCCAUUUGGAAGGAAACUUGCUCCAACAGCUUCACCCCAACACGUUUUCUACAUUUUUGGUCCUUGAUUAUUUCAGGCUGUCGACAAUAAAGCACCUCUACUUGUCUGAAAAUGCCAUUAGAACACUGCCUAUGGGCAUUUUUCAAAAAAUGCCACUCCUAGAGAAUGUUUAUCUUCAUGGGAAUCCCUGGUCUUGUGACUGCAGGUUGAAAUGGUUCCUUGAAUGGAAUCAGAAGUUUGCAGGUAAGGGAAGAUCAUAGUUGUUGCUUUACUACAUUAGAAAUAGACUCCGGCAGAAAUUAUCACAGAAAUAUUGCCUUCCUUUGUUGGCCUAUACUCAGGGGCUGGGUUAUUUAUUUAUUUAUUUAUUUAUUUAUUUCUAAACCUUAAAAACUGCCUUUCCAUAAUUCAUAAGAACAUAAGAAGACCCUGCAAUUUCAUGCCAAUGGCACACAUAGUCUAGGACCUGACCAACCAACCAAACCAAUGGAAAGUGUUAAAAAUAUAUAAGUGAAUACACCUGAACUGGUCCUGAGAUAUUUCUCCAAGCCAAUUGGGCACUAUUUGAAUAGCAAAGUACACUAUAAGGGCCAAACUACACAUUAUGCUAAAUACAUAGCAUGCCGUUCUGUCUUCCCUUCUGUGGGUCCCAGUUCUGCUGGUAUCCCUCCCCUCCCCAGAUGCAGUCUAGACAAACCACAUAGUUACAAGGCUUAGGGGGGGAAAGUGCCAAAAUUGAAGACACAGCUGCAGGCUACAUACUGGGCCUUAAAGGCAUGGUUUGGGUGUGGGGAGGCUGAUUCUUUCAUGUAUUUCUGAUGUUGUAGAGCAGUUAGCUCAACAGAACCAACUUAAUUGGGGAACUUUCCAUUCUAAAGAAAAGGGUAUUUUCUAUCUCUUCUCUUUGGGACAAUGAUAGCAGUCAGGCAUACACAUGUUUCAGAAUGUGGUGGCCCAGUUCAGAAAUGGCAGAGGGACUGUACCAUUUCAGGUGCUCAGGGAGUUCAACCCUCCUCGGAGCAGCCAUAUCUCUACCUGUCCCAUACCAUAUAUUACAUAUGAUGUCAGAUGUGGGGAAAGUGGCCACAGCAUGAGAAAAAUGGCAUCUUGGAUCAAAUGGAGGUGCCUGGUAGGCCAGGUUUGACCCAUAAACUGGAGGCUCCCUAUUCCUCAUUUAAAUGUUUUAAAUAGCAUGUAUCAAGCUCCCAAAGCUGCAGAAUUAAUGCUUGUGAAACCAAUAGCUAUUGCUGUUGGGCCGAAUUUCUGGAAGACAGUAGUAUGAUAGGGCAGAAGGAUAUGAAUAGUCAGAAGGAAAGUUCUUGCAUUUCUUAUUCCAUGUGAUGAUACCUUCAGUUAGAAUUCUGUUCCUAGUUCUAGCCUCUAAACCAAGGCAUCUGGGGGGGGGGGGGGCGGAAAUAUCAAUAGGCUGUACAGGCCAAUUGAUAGAGUGUUGUGUAGGCAAAACUUUCAGAUAAAAUAUUUCUCUGUCAAAAUUCCAUCUGACAUUUAGAUUAUUAUUAUUUUUUGUCUUCCAGCUGUUUUAAAGUGUAAAAAAGACAAAGCCUAUGAAGAAGGCCAGCUUUGCCCUAAAUGCACCUUCCCUAAGCAAUUCCAGAAACAAGACAUUCAAAAUGUGAAAAAUGUUUCCUGCACAAAGCCUAUCAUACAGUCUCCACUGAAACAGAGCAUUGGCCUCGAGGAGGUGGAGGAGGUAGAGGAAGAUGAUGUCUCUGAGCUUCCCAGGGAAGAAUUUCAGCUGUCUCCAUGGAACAUUACUCUGAACCUGACAGAUGAGCAUGGCAACAUAGUGAAUCUGAAGUGUGAAAUCAAGAAGCCAACAAACACCACCCAAAUUCAGUGGAGCCAGAACUCGCCUCAAGAAAUUGAAAUCAAUGCAACCAUUUCCUUGGAUCUGGAAUGCCCCAUGAACCGAGAAAACUAUGAAAAAUUGUGGAAGCUUAUUGCUUAUUAUAGUGAAGUGCCUGUCAAGUUAGAAAGGGAGCAUGUGCUCAGCCAUGAACCCAAAUUAAGCUAUCAUUACAAGCAAGGUUCUGAUUAUGAUGCUCUUUACUACACAGGUGUCAAAGGGAGAAUCCUUGCUGAGCCUUCCUGGGUGAUGCAGCCACUGAUACAUAUCCAACUGAACAGGCGCCAGAGCACAGGGAAUAAAGUAGUGCUCUCUUUUUCUACCCAAAUUUCUCAAACACUUCAGAUUCAAGAAAACAGACAGCAGAGAAGCAGCUGGGUUAUGAUAGAGCAAGACCAGCACACAAAGGCAGCUCAGAGUGUAGUGGAAGGUUCGGAUGCUCAGCUAAGUUGCAAUGUGAAAGCAUCAGAAAGUCCCUCCAUCGUGUGGAUGCUUCCAGAUGGAACUAAACUAAAAGCUCCAUUCAGAAUGGAAGACAGCAGGUUUUCUGUCCUCAGCAGUGGUCAGUUAGUCAUCAAAUCUGUGGCCUAUGCUGAUUCUGGUGUGUACCACUGUGUUGCUCAAGUGAGGAGUGAUGCAGACACAAUGGCCUACAGACUUCUGGUACAACCCGCAGUCAUCCAGCCAGCUGACUCUGAGACAAUGAAAAUUGAAAAAAAUGUAGGGGAUUCCAUACUUCUGCCCUGCAGUGCAGUGGCUGUACCAGAAGCGCACAUAAGCUGGGUACUCCCAAGCAGCCAUGUCCUUCAUGAUUUAUCAAACUCAUCCAACCAGUACCUGUUAGACAAUGGCACCCUCUUAAUUCCACGCAGCCAUGUCAGUGACAGUGGGUACUACAGGUGUGUGGCUAUAAACCAGCAAGGAUCAGAUCAAUUUGCUAUUAAAGUCACAGUAAAUAAAAUGGUCUCUGACAGAUCCUCAAAAAGGGUGAAACUAAAAAAACGCCUUGGUUCAAGAACCUCUGUAAAAGCAAAGGGGCGGGUCAUAGAAGAUGAUGAAGGAUCAGGUGCUGAAGAAGCUGAUGAUACUCGGAGCAAAAAAUUCCACCUGAAGGACCGUGAAGUGCCCCUUAAAGAAAAGAAUGACAAUGUUCCUCAGGUUCAGGUUAAGAAGAACAAAAAAGGAAGGCACAAAAUGAAAUUAUGGAAAGGCAUGGACAGGACUGAAGAGAUCAAUGUUGCAGAGGGCCGUAGGGUAUUUGAAUCCCGAAGGAGAAUAAAUAUGGCCAACAAACAAAUUAAUCCGCAGCACUGGGCCAACAUUUUGGCAAAAGUCCGUGGGAAAAAUUUCCCUAGAACAACAAUGGUACCAGGCACUUCCUUCAGGACUACAACAGAGACGCCGUCCAUGCACCAAACCACCAACGCUCCUCCCAUUAUCAGCCCUCCACCAAACACUGCUGUGGAAGUCAAUGGAGAGGAGUCUUCUGCAGAUUCAUUGCAGCUGGGUGAGGGAGAAAUGUUCUCAGUCACAAUUCUUCCCACUGUCAACGCUCAGAAUAAUAACCAAGACCACACACCGUCUACACCAAUGAGUACUGAGUCUUCCAUAGCAAAUGGAUUGUCAAACAGGGGAGAAACACCUACUGGAGGAGAUGCUCUGAUUUCUCCAACUGUACAGACACAGGUGUGGGAUCAUAGUGAUUUGAGGAAAGAUGAUCCAUCAGGGGCACGAAAAGGCAUAGAUAGCUUCACCCAAGACCCUUCAAAUGAAGAAGUAACAAGCAGCUUGCCUUAUCCAUUAUCAUCUGUGGAACUAUCACCUAAAGCACCUGUCCCUGCAAAAACUGAAGGUUCAGGAACAAAUUUACAGCAGAAAAGUAUGAAUAAGCUACAUCAUGCUGUAAAACAUCCCACACAUUCUCAAACUGAAAAUUAUAUUAAUUUAAUAGCCUCUACUACUAUUUUUGCUUCUGUAGCUACAGAGAGUGGUAGUAUAGAGCACCAGCAAGGAAGAAUUUCUUCUGACCUUUUCAGGGGUUCUGAAGGUAUAAUACUUGAAAAAACAGAUGCUCAAAACCCGAAAGCCACUUUUAUUGUAGAAAGUACCACUGCUCCACUUAACAAGAAAACCCAAACAAUGACUGCUGCUGCCAGUAACAAAUUGACCACAGUUACCAUGAUUACAAGCAAAACAACUACCUCUAACUCACAGGUCAUCCAUCAUCCCAGAAGACGACCAUAUGGGAGAAGGAGAUUAAGGCCAAAUAGGUUCAGAAGACCAAAACUUAUCCCUCCUACUAUCUUCACCAUAGAAGAGACACCUUUUAUUAGAAAAAUAUCUAAAUCGGAAGCUGCUACCCAAAGUUUGCAGGGUUCCAUUUUUAAAGGUCAUCAUAAAUCUGAUGCUGAAACACAACAUGGAAAUGAAUAUAAGCCUCCUGAAGUAAGUUCUCCACUAGCUACAAGUACUGCUGCCUUAAGGAAGUCUACUGGGGCCCAAGACACAGAAGAAGCUUCAUUUCUUCAUCUUUCUACUUUGCCACCUGAAAUACCUGUAACUCUUUCCAAUGCUGCCAAGGACUGGAAAAGUCACAUGGUGACAACAGCAACACUGGAUUCUCUAACUACAGCCCCUGGUAGACAACCACAUUUGUCUCACAGCUCAGGACAUAUGCUUACAACAUCUGCAGGCAAUGAAUUCAUCAAAGUCUUGGAAGGUGUUUCAGCAAAUAACCGAGUUAGAAACACUCAUACAACAAGCAUUUCAGUAUCUAUAGAAAGUAUCACUAGACCAGUGUCACUUUCUGAGCUUAGUUUCUCAAAGAUCCCAGAAUUCAAAGAAGAAGCUUUUCUUACUGGCUCAUCAGCUUCAAGGAAUGAAGUUGACUUAAGGGUAGCUCAGUCAAGACCUUCCCAGGUACAGCGUUUAAGUACUGCUGAUGGCAUGGGGGAACGCUUUAAGGAUCCUCCAACUGUAGAUGAACAGGAGAAAUUUCCAGACUAUCUAAAGAUAAGUACAGUGGCAACAUCUCAUCAAAGAGAAAUACUGACUUCAUCUCACCAUGGUACAUUGGGUGAUCACAUUUUCACACCUGCAAAAACUAAACAAGUGAUCAGUCUUUGGCAUAAUAAAACACUUAUACCACCAUCUUCAAGGCACACAAAGGAAAGUAUUACUCAGUUACAUGAUCAGACUAAUGCUUAUAGAACUGAAAAAAACUAUCCCCCAGUAUUACCCAUUCCAUCUGCACCAUUAGCCACUACUCUUCCUCCAUCAAAGCCUAGCACUCUUAAUUUGUCUACAAAAGAAAAUUACACAUCUGGUCAAGUAGCAGUUCCAGACAUCGAAAGAUUCAGUCUCAGCCCACGACAGAAUGAAUUUUCCACUUCCCAUUCAAACUACAACAGAAUAACCUCACAACAAAAGCAACCGAAAGAACCAUAUGGUGGUAGGAGAUACAAUACACUGAAUCCAAAUAUUCCCAACCAGCCAAUUGGAAUUAUACCCAUUUUUAAUCAGGCACCUGCUUUUGCGCCUCCAAAACAGAUCCCUGCAAGAGGGACCAUGAGGCCUCCAUAUCUCAUUGCACCAGGUCUGUAUCACCAUUUUGUAACUCACCAGGCCCCCCUUCACUAUACCAAUAAGCCAGAAAUUACAGCUUACGCAGCACAUACCACACAGGACAAAAGAACCUCUUCUGCUCAUACAGAGACCUUUCCCACCACAACUGUUGCUCCAUUAUACAGACCUAAGUUGCAGACCCCCAGCAGAUUUGGCAACCAGGGAGAAAACAGACUCAACAGUCACUCCAGAGUUUUUGCCAAUAACUACCUUCCUGACACCAGAGACAAGCCUGGAAGAACAAUAAAUCAAGCUGUACCCUACCUCCCCAAUUCCAGAAUACCAUUCCUCUUGAACAGAACUAGGGUAUUCCAACAAUUGGGAGUAAACUCUAAACCUAUAGUGCCUAAUCCGCUUUACCCAGUUAGCACAACAGAGGAGAAAUUUGUCUCUCCAACCAGGGUGAUCACACAAAGCACUCCUCUAAGGGCUGCUGCUACCCCAGUGCCUCCUGUGCCCCUUGAUACUACACUGCCAUCUGAGAGUACUACUCCUAGUAUUAAGCCACAAGGGACUUCCACAUUGCAGUCCUCCAGAAACAUCCACUACAAUAAUCCUAAUGUGCUAUUUGUGCCUAAAAUUGGAGGAGUGAAGGCACUUAAUUCCAGCAUAAUCCAGCCUUCAACACAUUUCAAGAUACAAGGAGAGAGGCCUAAGAUUAUAACAAAAGGACCUAACAGUCUAUCCAUCCUUGCUGAAUCAGAUGUUGUUAUCCCAUGUGAUGCCACGGGAGAACCCAAGCCUCUCCUUUCUUGGACAAAAGUAUCCACCGGUAAGAUAUUUAAACUAGUUAGAUUUACUCAGAAUACUUUUCUUUCUUAAAAAAACAACAACCCUGAUGUUUUUCUUCUUCCCCUGCCCUUAGAAAAGGCACGUUUAUAGAAUUUUCUUUAAAUAUUAUGAACUGUUGUUUAACUUUUUUGAGGCUGCUACUUUUCCCCCCUAAAAAUGUGUUUAGGGCUACUCUCAUUUUCCUACUCAUAUUGAAAUACUGCCCCUCAUUGAGGCCAAACUUAGAUUCACAAAAUGUUUAGGGGUCUGUGUAUCCCUGUGUUCCCCCCAGAAAAAAGCACUGCUGCUACUACCCUUUCUCUUGGAAUGAUGCUAGAACCAGAGAAUUGUGGAGGAUGCAAAAUGGUGACCAGGCUGCACAGUAGUUACUGCUGCCGCCACUUGUUAUAGAAACAAAAAGAAAUAAAUAAGGAACAUAAAAGUUGCCCUACUCCCACCCCUAAUGGUGAGUCCUGCCCCUGAGAAAUUGGUGAAGAAUUUAUCUUCCCCUCUGGAGAAAUUCAGUCCCCCCCCCACACACACACCCCAGUUUCUCUGCCCUUAAAUAGAGCAGAUAAUUUUUAGAGGCCAUUUUCCCACAGCUUGUAUUAAAGCAUUCAAUUUUGAUCCAGUCACAAUAAGGCAGAGGCCACCAACCAUUUUUAAUUUUGAGAGCUGGGGGUGCCACUCACAAUAUGAUUGUCAUGAGGGUGUGGCAGAACACAAAAUGAGCAAAGGUACAUGGUGAAAAGUACAACAGUGGGGAAAAAGAUGUAUCCUAUUGAAUAUCAGCCUAGAAGAUUAGACGGAAACAGGAAAAGUGCAUUAAUGGGGAGAGGGGCGUUAGUUAUUCAGGAUCCCAGGGAUUCCAAACAACUCACUUAUCCACUGCAGCUUUGAUGUCAGUCAUUGGCUAAAAAACAUUGACAGGAAGAAGAAGCCAGGCUUGCUCAUCUCAGAGAAAUCACAUAGAAGAGUACCUGCAUAUUUUGCUUCUUACCUUUCUUUGUAGGAGGGCUAGAGACUUACUUUUUAAAUGCAAAUUCAGAGUUUGGGGCUGAUGCCCACAGGUGCCAGGUUGGCAACCUCUUCAGUAAGGCAUUCUCUAUAUCACCCCCCCCCCCCAAUGAACAGUAUGUUUUAUGUACAAUAAACAUACAUUUUCAUUCUGUUUAGGAACCUAUUUGGAGGGUAGAGUGUCCAUUUCCCCAUUAAUUUAGGUGUGCGCUGAUUCGUUUUUUUACCUAAUAAUAGGGUUUGACGGUACCUGUUUUGGCACAACUGUUGCACCCAUCCGGUUAUACCCUCUGUGUGUCUGGCUGCCCAUUCUCAUCUGCACUGUGAUGAAUGUCUGUUGGUAGUGCCAGAAAAUUCUUAUGAUGCAAAUAAGGACAUAAAACUGCAUCUGGGACCAUUGGGUGUUCUGACAUGACUGACUAGAUUGGAUCUUCAUACCUCUGCUUCUUAUAAGGUCCUACCAGAGUACUAUUGUGCAGCAAAAAAGGAAUAAAGUGAUGUGUCUUGGCCUUUUCUAAUUUAUUUAAAUUAGAAAUUUAUUUAUUUAAAUUUUAUCAAAUAUACAAGAUAUAAUACUAAUGCAUAAUAAAAUAAUAAUAAUUUUGAAUAUUGUAGUUUACUACAGUUUCUAUGUUCCUUUUCAGAAAAAAAGGUAUCCCCAAAAAUGCUUUUCUUCUUUUUCCUUCCUGCUUUUCCUUUCAGGAGCUGUCAUGACAGCCAAUACAAGGAUACAACGAUUUGAAGUCUUGCAAAAUGGUACGUUCCUCGUUCGCAAUGUUCAGCUUCAGGACCGUGGACAGUAUUUGUGCACUGCUCAGAACCUGCAUGGUGUUGAUAAAAUGAUAGUCUCGAUGACCGUCUUAGCUCAGCAGCCCAAAAUGCUGGGUUCCCGCUUCAGAGAUAUGACUGUUUAUUUUGGAGAAAAAGUGAUCAUGGAGUGCCAAGCCAAUGGUAUUCCAAGUCCCCAUAUUUCUUGGAUUUUUCCCGACAGGAAAAUAUUACAAACUGUGAGCACUACAGAGGGAAGAGUGAUGCUGUAUGAAAACCGAACCUUGUCCCUCAAGGACACUAACUUCUCAGAUCGUGGAGUAUAUAAGUGUAUAGCCAGCAACGCUGCAGGAACUGACAGCCUUGCCGUGAGGCUUCACAUCGCUGCCUUGCCACCUAUUAUCCAGCAGGAGAAACAGGAAAACAUUACCCUCAGCGUAGGGCAGAACAUUAACAUUCACUGUAGUGCCAAAGCAGCUCCUCUGCCUGGCAUCCGCUGGGUGCUUUUUGAUGGAACCCAGAUCCGCACUUCCCAGUUUGUACGCGGCAAUCUGUUUGUUUUUCCAAAUGGAACUCUUUACAUACGUAAUGUCUCUCCCAAAGACAGUGGGAGCUACGAAUGCAUUGCAGCCAACAUGGUUGGGGCUGCCAGGAGAACCGUAUGGUUGCAUGUCAGAAAGCAGUCCACAAAUGCCAAGAUUACUGGGAGCUCUCCUCAGAGAACAGAUGUGACCUAUGGCAGCACCCUGAGACUGGACUGCAGCGCCUCUGGGGACCCCUGGCCACGGAUACUCUGGAGGCUGCCUUCAAAAAGGAUGGUGGAUUCUCUACAAAGGUAAAAAAAAUAAAAUGACCAUAGAUAUAUGUAUCUAAUUGUUGUCUUUGAUUAGUUUAAAUAUAACAACUCUUCAAAUUAGCACUAUAGCUAUAGUCAUUUCAAUGUUACUUCCUUUAGGCUGCAAUCCUAUACACAUUUACAUGGGAAUAGCUCUCUCUGGGCUACUUCUGAGUAGAGUGCAGUUUAGCACAUAUUUAUAUUGCACAUGGUUUCAGAAUGUAAACCACCAGCAAUAGUGUUAUACCUUUCACAGCAUUUCAAUUCUCUUGCAUGCAUAGAACCCUAAAAUAGUAGAGUUGCAUGGGACCCUGAGUGCCAUCUAGUCCAAUCCUCUGCAAUGCAGGAAUCUCAACUAAAGCAUCCAUAACAGUUGGCACUGUAAUGACAUGUUGGACUUAAGUGCUUGAUCAUACACCAUGGCCACUCAGAAACAAAUUGCACCGAGUUCAAUAACACUUCCUAUGAAGGAUGUAUAGGAUUCCAACCUAAGACCAUUUGUUUAGAAUACCUGUUUUAUAAAGAAUCCUAAGGUGGUGCUGUGGUCUAAACCACAGAGCCUAAGGCUUGUCGAUUGGAAGGUCGGCAGUUUGAAUCCCUGUGAACCAUUGUUCAGUCCCAGCUCCUGCCCACCUAGCAGUUUGAAAGCACAUCAAAGUGCAAGUAGAUAAAUAGGUACCGCUCCGGCGGGAAGGUAAAUGGCGUUUCCAUGUGCUGCUCUGGUUCGCCAGAAGUGGCUUAGUCAUGCUGGCCACAGGACCCAGAAGCUGCUGCGGACAAAUGCCGGCUCCCUUGGCCUAUAGAGCGAGAUGAGCGCGCAACCCCAGAGUUGUCCGCAACUGGAUCUAGGUCAGGGGUACCUUUAACUUUAAGGUUCCUUGCAGUCUUAUCAGAGUUUCCUCAAUGGGAAAGUAUCCCUUAAAGGCAGGUGGCCCCGACCGUCAAUCUUCCCUUGCCUUGCAAAGGAGCGGUAGGGUGUUUGCUGUGUUCUCGGGUACACUCUUCUUGUUUAUGCAUAUCAGCAGUGAAAUUCAAAGUGCCACACUAUGCAGCUAGAUUAUGCUUUUGAAUGUCUUGCAGUUCACAUCAUGCAGGAUUCUGUAGUAGGCAAAGCACUGUGGAAAAGGUACCUUAAAGGCAGAAAUUUUCAUUUAGACCAGUAUAGGUCACAAAGAAAUUCCUCUGGAUAUGGAUGGGUUAAAUUAAGAUAGAAUGCCUUGAAAUAGUUCUAAUGAAGAGGGUAGUGAAGCUAAAAUUGGCCUGCAUAGCUGUCCACAUUAUUUGUCCAACUUUCCUCCAUCUGGGGGGGAAAAAAAAGGCUGUAGUGUAUCCAGAGUGAAGCAUUCUUCAGUGCAUUGGCUUGAGGAGAGAUAAUUGUGUGGUGAACUCCUCACAUAAACCAGCAGGGCUUAAAUGUAUUUCAUUUUGACCGGAUUGUGGCCAUGUUUGCUAGAACAGCAAUAUGAGAUUUGAUUUCACUGUUCAUGCUUGUGUACAUCUAGCAAAAUUCAGCAUUGACAUUUAUAUUAAACAUAAAUACAAUCAUUUAUGUUUUCCAAGAGGUUCAGGUAUGGAGAAAUGCUUGGGCUUGAUUUAUAUUUAUACUAAUGCUACUUCACAUUGGUUUGCGAUUGCAAUGUUGUUUUAAAAUACAUAGUUGUGUGUGUAUAUUUUUCACACUGACCCUGCCUUACAAAAAGUUAUGUAAAAACUGUUAGCCUUAAGAGAAGGGCAUUAAGCAUUUAUGACUGUAAGGUAAUUUGUUCAGGAAUGUGAGUUUUAUAAAGGACGUUUAUUCACCCAUCAUAUAAAAUGCAUUAAUUAUAUCUGAGGUCAUGGAACUAUAGUAGGAUGAGUAUGGCAAACUUUAACAUUCAAAAGUGUAGAACUCUUGAGGCUCCUGGUUUUUUAGAUGGAUUCUAUAGGACUUUACUAUAAAUGUACUGUGGAAUUAGAUAUUACAGAAGACAUGGGAUCAUCCCCCUAUUUCUCCCCCAUUCCCUGUAACAUGUAAGGAAGUCACAAUAGGUCAUCAUACUGCGAAUUCCCCCAACUUGUGCUCUACAUCAUGGGCUGCCACUCUCACUAGUGAGAGUGAAGAAUGUCACAGUAUGAUUGUAUCACACCAUGCACUGAAUCUUAUUAGUCUUUCCUAACAGUAGAUAACAAGGUAUAGGGGUCUCAUUUUUUAUUUUGUUUUUUGCAGCAGCAGCCCUAGACCUUCCAUAACAUCUUCUUCCACUUUUAGGCUCCUUGGUAGCAGGAAUGAAAAAGAUCCCUUAGUUUAAGAUAGUUUUGAGAGUGGUUUGCAUCUGAUUGGCAGUGCUGGUUUUAACAUUUGAAGUGGAGCAUGCAUGGGAUUUAGAUACACCACACAAGUUUUCCUUUGAACUCUGCCUGAAGCUCCUUUGUUCAGUGAAUGCAGAAAGCACUACACACAGUAAUCGCUGAAGUAACUCAAAGAGAAAAGAAUUGGUCAUAGCUAGAAAGACUAGGUAUUCCUGCAAAGCAGCAUCCCAGGCAAACGUCUUAUUUUUAGUGUCACUGGAUGUUUAUAACCAUUUAAAAUAGAUUGAUCAUACAUUUUACUGUUGCAGAGAGGAUAAAUGCCCUUAUGCAUUAAGUAGUUAGGCUUUAUAAACUUUUUAGAUUGCUCCAUGUAAAUAUUUUGUAUCGUGUUAGUGAGACCCAAACAACCAUUAUCUUCCGCUACCAGAGGCCCCAUGGUAACUAUUUGGGAAUUGGCAGCACAAUCCUAUGCAUGUCUACUCAGCAGUAAGCCCCAUUAAGUUCUGUGUUGUUGACUUCCAGGUAAAUGUGCAUAGGACUGCAUUCUGAAGGUGGGCACUCAUAUGUACAAUAUAAUAGGUAAUAUAUCUAUAUAAUAUCUAUAUAAUAGCUAAUAAAUUUUCUGGUCUGUUUCAUACCAAAGCAAUGUGGCUCUCUAUGGAAUAAAUGUAUGUAUAUCUUGCCAUAUGGAGUAUAUUGUCAAUAUCCUGUUCACUUUAUAAACAUAUGUAUCCAUGCAUAUAAGCUUACAUGGGAUUUAUCUGUGGUGUGUAUAUAUACAGGAGAUUCCCCCACCUCCUUUGUAUUUCCAUGUCUAAAUGCAGCAUAGAAUACUGUAAAUAAAAUCUGGAUCUUCAGAAGAAGCAUAAUGAUGUAAAAACAUCCUUCCAGUUGCAGGGUGGAAUUGUUUGAUUGCAAAUGAAGAUAAUUGUUCUUGUUUGUUUUCUGGCUCAAAAUAUGAUGGUUUAUGAACAUAAACUUAAAACACAUGUUUUGUUUUCUUUCUUUUUUCUAAAUUAGUUUGGACAGCAGAAUCAAGGUAUUUGGCAACGGAACUUUGGUUGUUCAUUCCAUCACUGAAAGGGAUGCAGGGGACUAUCUGUGUGUGGCCCGCAACAAGAUUGGAGAUGAUUACGUGGUUCUUAAAGUGAAUGUGAUGAUGAAACCUGCCAAAAUCGAACACAAGAAUGAGAAUAAUCGCAAGGUGAUGUAUGGAGGGGACCUGAAAGUUGACUGUGUAGCUACAGGUCUGCCUAACCCUGAGAUCUCCUGGGGCCUUCCAGAUGGCAGCAUGAUCAAUACCCUCAUGCUAGCAGAUGACAGUGGGAGCCGAACAAAGAGAUAUGUCGUAUUCAACAAUGGGACACUGUACUUCAAUGAUGUAGGGCUGAGAGAAGAGGGGGACUACACCUGCUACGCCGAAAACCAGAUUGGUAAAGAUGAGAUGAAAGUGCGGGUCAAAGUAGUGGCCGAACCUGCUACAAUUAGGAAUAAAACCUACUUGGUUCUCAACAUCCCAUAUGGAGAUGUGGUAUCUGUAGGAUGUGAAGCAAAAGGAGAGCCCACACCCAAAGUGAUGUGGUUGUCUCCAAGCAACAGACCUAUCCCACUUUUGUCAGAUAAAUAUCAGGUGUACAGGGAUGGGACGCUUCUCAUACAGAAGGCCCAAAGAUCUGACAGUGGCAACUACACAUGUGUAGCCCGGAAUACCGCUGGGGAAGACCGGAAAGUUGUCUGGCUCCAUGUCAAUGUUCAACCUCCAAAAAUAAAUGGGCACCCCAGUGCCAUCACCUCGGUGAGAGAAAUGGCCCUGAGAGACAGCCGGAAGCUCAUUGACUGUAAAGCUGAAGGCAUCCCAACUCCACGGGUCAUGUGGGCUUUCCCAGAAGGAGUGAUCCUGCCUGCUCCCUAUUAUGGGAACAGAAUUACUGUGCACCGCAAUGGCACACUAGACAUCCGAGGAGUGAGACAGACAGACUCAGUGCAGUUGGUGUGCAUUGGCAGGAAUGAAGGAGGAGAGGGCAGGCUGAUUGUGCAGCUGCAGGUCAUGGACCACAUAGAAAAGCCAGCCUUUCGGGAUCCAGUCACUGAAAGGAUCACUGCGGCAGCAGGACACAGUAUCAAUCUGAACUGCUCAGUGUAUGGGACUCCUCAACCUAGCACAGCCUGGAUCCUUCCCAAUGGCACCGAGCUACAGAAGAGCAGCCAUUUGCACCGAUUCUACCACAAGAAGGAUGGAAUAUUACACAUCAGUGCCUUGUCUGCAGCAGAUGCUGGGACUUACCGCUGCACAGCCAGGAACCCAGGUGGUUAUGCAGAAAGGGUGGUCUUCCUCAAAGUGGGGUUGAAACCAGAAAUCAGCAAUCAGUAUAACAACUUAGUGAGCAUCAUCAAUGGGGAGACCCUGCAGCUUCACUGCAUCACCCAGCCCAGCCAGCAAGCUCGCAUAACCUGGACUCUACCCAAUGGGAUGGUGUUAGAUGGUCCCCAGGCUGUUGGGCGAUUUUCCCUGUUAGAGAAUGGCUCUCUCACAGUGCGUGAAGCAUCCGUGUUUGACAGAGGUACUUACCUGUGCAAAGUCACAACCGAGUAUGGCUCUUCCCUUAUGAAUGUCCCAGUGAUUGUGAUAGCCUACCCACCCCGGAUCACAAGCGAACCGGCUCCCAUCAUUUACGCAAGGCCAGGCAAUACAGUGAAGCUGAACUGCAUGGCCAUUGGGAUCCCUAAAGCAGAAAUAACGUGGGAUCUCCCAGACAAAUCACAUCUGACAACGGGAGCUCAAUCCCGUCUGUAUGGAAACAAAUUCCUUCACCCUCAGGGCUCAUUAAUCAUCCAGCAGGCUACACAAAAGGAUGCAGGCUUCUAUAAAUGCACUGCUAAAAAUAUACUAGGCAGUGAUUCAAAAGCAACCUACAUACACAUAUUCUAAAGUUUUUUAAAAAUGCCUUUGAAUACACAAAAAUAUCUAAAGUCCCUGCCAAGUGAGCACAGCUAGGAAAAUACAGUUGCUAAAUGAAAACAGUUGUACUGAGAGAAGAACAGGGUUGUGCCAGAAAUGGUGGAUCACAGCUUUACCCUUCAUGAAAUUCCAAAAUACUAUUCAGACAGGUAGCAGAUAUGAGAAGCCGUCUACACGCUCUCUGUGAUGUAAGAAGGCUUCUUGCCACCUGUCUUGAAAUCUGAGACUAGACCUUGGGGGCUGCAGAUUUAAUAGCCCACAAUCUUUCAUCUCAAUGUGGUGAACUUCAAGCAUUUUUCAGUUUUUCAUUUGAUUUAGAGGAGUGUGCUUUAAUCCUGCCAUAUACCUAUCUAGGGUAUAUAGUACAAUUCAGCCAAAGUUAAGUACUUUCAGGACUCAUUGAUUUCAGUGGAAGAGUUAGCCACUGUGAUCAGUGGAACCUAAUAAGUGGUUGGAUUGUGUAGCACAACCUUAAGGUCAGGAAUGGGGAACCCCACUGUUGGACUCAACAUUGCUCAUUGGCCCCAGCCAACACAGUCGGAAAUGAUGAGAGGUGUAACUCAAGAACAUCUAGGGGGCCACAGAGCAGGUGGGCAACCUGUAACCCUCCACAUGUUGCUGGAGUAUAACUCCCAUCAUCCCUGACCACUGAAUCCCCCUGUUAAGUUCUUCUCUCCUGGAUAACUUCUCAGAACACUUACCCUAUUGUGAGUUUCCUACUGGUAUUGGGGAAGAGGAGAAUACUUGAUCCAGAAAUGCUAUUCACAGAAGCAGUCUUGUAGGGCAUGUAACAAGUAAUUCUGUCCUAAGUAUAGCAUUAGCUUGACAAAUUAAUAUUUUCAAACCUUGUGCUAUCUAAAAACUCCAGUGGCAGGAAUGGGAAACCUCUGGCCUGUCAAUCGUUGGACUCCAACUCCCAUCAGCCCUGGGCAGCAUGGCCAAUAGUCAGGUUAAUGGGAGUUGUAGUCCAGCAACACCUAAAGGGCCACAUGUUCCCUUUCCAUGCCCCAUGGCUUUAUUUUGAGGGAGAAAAUAGGAACAUAAAUGUGCAUCUUUUGCAAGAUAGCUCAAACUGAGAGAAACAUGUUGCUAAUUCUCCUUACCCCAAUCAAUUUUGGUUCUGCCUAUGAUAUAAAGUACUAUGACCACUGAUAGUGCAAAUCUGUUCCUUUAUGCAACAUGCACCUUAAAGCGUACCAAAGUAGUAUUAAAUAUAACAAAAGAGCUGAUGCAAGAGAAGUUAUUUCAUUAUUAUUUUUGUUGGACACAAAAUUAUUUCCAUAAUCCCCUGCAAUACUUUUGACAUAGCCAAGCCUUUAUAGAAUAUGAUUACUAACUUACUCUCUAACCAUUCUUCUAUCAGCUCUCUGGGAUCAACUCUUCACUUAGCAACAACCCUGAUUUUUUUCCAUCACAGCACAGCAAUAAUUACUGUAACAAUGCAAAUGCCUCACAGCAAGGGAAUCCCUAGCUGACUUCAGUCCUUCUGUAUUUUGUAUGGUGUUUGUUUCGGACUAUGAGACUGGAAGAAUACAGUGACCUGUGUCUCAGUGUAUAAAUUAUUGGUCUUUACAAGACUCUGAUACUUCUACUGUGUUUUAUAUAAAUAUUAAGAUCAGUAUACUGUAUGUUUUAUAAUAAAAAAAUAUUUUCCACA